CUAUAAACCACCAGCGAAAGCGGCAGUGGGACAGCACUAGCCUUCCCUCAGCUACACAUACCCGUCGGGCUGCCGGACCCAGGCGCCUGGGCCGCUACGUUCAGUGGCUCGUCGUGUGUUUACACUCCGUCUGCAUUGCGUGUGUUCACGGGACAACUUCUAACUUGGACACUUAUUGACUAUAGCAACAAUACCCAAAUAAUAAUGAAGCCGGAGGUUCAGUGACACAGGCCCAGGUUUGGGGAUGGAGUUGCCGCGGGGGUCGGGGGCUUCUGGGAGCCUGUCCCGUGAGUACAAGCUGGUGAUGCUGGGAGAAGGAGGAGUGGGAAAGAGCGCCAUUAUCAUGCAGUUCAUUAGCCACAGGUUUCCUGAAGACCACGACCCCACCAUAGAGGAUGCCUACAAGACCCAGAUACGCAUUGACGACGAGCCGGCCAACCUGGACAUCCUGGACACGGCGGGACAGGCGGAGUUCACGGCGAUGCGGGACCAGUACAUGCGGGCGGGCGAGGGCUUCAUCAUCUCGUACUCCAUCACGGACCGGCGGAGCUUCCAGGAGGCGCGGCAGUUCAAGCAGCUGAUCUACCGCGUGCGCCGCACCGUGGACACGCCCGUGGUCCUGGUGGGCAACAAGUCCGACCUCACGCACCUGCGGCAGGUGUCAGUGGAGGAGGGCCGGGGGCUGGCGCGGGAGUUCCAGUGCCCCUUCUUCGAGACGUCGGCGGCCUUCCGCUACUACAUCGACGAGGUGUUCGCCGCCCUGGUGCGGCAGAUUCGGCAGCGGGAGGCGGAGGCCGCCCGGGGGGGCGAGAGGAAGGCCAGGCGCCACCACUCCUUCUGGACGCGUCUGAGGUCCCCCUUCCACAAGAAGCAGCACUCCAAGCACUGAGGGAGGGGGGGCGGGGUGGUUGGGGGGUGGGGGGAUAGAGUUAGGGUGGGGUGAUUCAUGGUGGGGCAGCACACUCCACAGAGAAAGAGGGAUUAGGAUUAAAAAGAUGGACGAGGGAUUGAGGAAAUAAAAAAGAGGGAUAUUCAGAGGGAGGUUACCUUAAUUUGAGGGAGGACCAUGUUUGAUGGAGGAGCGUACUGUAAAAAAAAAAAAAUAGAAAAAGGAGAAAAGUUGGGAAGGAGAGCUGGAUAGAGGGACUGUGCAUGUCAGGAGAAGGUCUGGGUCAGUGAGUGAGAGAGGGAGAGUAGAGACGGAGAGGAGAAACAGGGAGAGAGAGAGAGGAGAUAUAGGGAGAUCUUUGGGGCGCUGAGAAAACUGUGUGGAUGUCUUUGUUUUUUGUUUUUUUUGUGAUACCACAAACAGGUUCUCUGUGAAUUAUAGUCCAAAUACAGUCUGGUGGCCAUAUACUAUACACUGUGUCAAUGUGCAGAGAACCUUUUGUUGUUCAAAAAAAAAUGAUAUUUAUUACAUAUGAUAUGGAAAUGAUACUUGGUACAGUUGGUUGGUUUUUUGUCUUCUGGCAUGAAUGGAUGUCAGUUUGUACAACCGAAAAAUUGUGCAUUUUGAAACCACGGCUAGCUAACGUGCCUUAGCAUUUAGGGUAGUUUGCCUCGAUCGCUCAAAACCGAACGUAACCCGUUUCGUUUUUGUCCGUGCUCACGUCCACACCCGUGUCCGGCGAGGGCCGGCACAUUUACCAAAACCGUACCGGCCGCCAUUUUUCUUUUACAGUUCUUAUUCACAUCGGAUGAUUAUCUCUGUGCUAUCCAGUUCGUUUACAGCAGAAGCAGGCCGCGCACGUGGUGAUGUGCAGUGCGUUGUGGGCGUGUACUCAGGCGAUGUCCUUGCGAGCUUCCUGUAAACCAGCUGAUGUAGAGAGCCCCGGAUCCAGAGAAGACAUCUCGGUGCAUUAACAGUUCUGCUGAUUCGCUGUCUGACAGUAGCUAAGAUAUUUACCCAAGUUAUCUGCAGCUGGCUAAUGGAGUUGAUGUUAUCCUAGUUUCCUGCCCAGCUGAAGAUUAGAGAAGGUAUUUACAGUCAUUUUUGACACAGCUGGAUGAUAUAGAGGAUAUGAACCCCCUUUUUGGGGCAGUUGGACCGUAGAGAUGAUAUUUACCAUAGCCUUUGUGGGUUUUUGGAUAAGGUGGACACUAUCGCUGAUAUUUACCCCGUUCCUCGGUUGACUUGUGGCACAGUUGGAUGCUACAACUGAUAUUUACUCUGAUCUUCAGUGGGUUUUCAAUGCAGUUGUACCCUAUAACUGAUAUUUACCCCAGUAUUAGGUAGGCAUUUUUAAUAGAGCUGAUGUUUAUCCUGACCUUUGGUUAACUUUCAGCACAGUUGGACGUUAAGAGCCGAUAUUUACCCAAGUCUUUGGUAGGUUUUCAGAAAAGAUGGACACAAGAGCAGAUACUUACCCUAGUCUUUGGUAGAUUUUCAGCACAGUUUGAUGUUAACACCAAUAUUUACCCAAGUCUUUGGUAGGGCUUCACAAAAAGGUGGACACUAGAGUGGGUAUUUACCCUAGUUUCAUUAGGUUUUCAGAUAAGUCCUGGGUGUGGCACAGGGGCACUGCCCUGCUGUUACCUGAUUGGCCGGCACAGGCACUGCUGUGUAAUAUUAAAGACUUGAAUGGCUUAUGCCUCUCCACAAUGGGAUCUGAACAUGACUUCUGUUUAUAGCCGCCACUAGGAGGCCGACACACCAGCUGUGCACUUAUUACACCCUGUUAAGUUUUGCAUCUUGACUGUAUGUGAGUUCUGGCAGUACUAAAUGCUUUUAAAAAGAUUUUUUUUUAUAUGGGGCCAUGUACCAGACAGUGCUGUUAGUUUUGUGUGUGUGGGUGUAUGUGUGUGUGUUUUCGUUUAGUUUUUUUUGUUAUUGAUGUCAUUUUCUUAUCAUUGUGGUUGAUUAUUGUAUUUUCCUUAAUUUAUUUUCUUUUAACAUGCUAGAAUAAAAAGGACUGAAAUUUUCAA